AUGUUCAGGUCACCACUCUUUGCUUGGUCGCCACGACCAGACCAGGACCUGCAAGCCACACCAGCGUCACAAUCAUCAUCUCGGUUUGGCACAUUCCGGCUACCACGGACUAUAUUCAACGGUUCGUCAGUUUACUCGCAGUCGCCAGCUCUUGAACAUAACGCUACACCAAAAAUACCAUUUUUGGGACUUUGGCAACGUCCAUCGCCAGACACAAAUACACUCCCUACACACGAAGCACCUAAUGAAUCAGACGAUUCGAGAUCACCGCUGCGUGCCCAGCACUCGGCAGGAUCAUACAUAGGUGCUAUUACGCCGCCUCAGGACCCGCAGGAGCCACAAUUAGUCUACGGCCGUCACCCAGCAGACGUACCACUCUCUCCUCAUCAAGAUAGUUAUGCAGACCCUGAAAGCCAACAAUUGGCAGAUGAAAUUCAUGGACGAAGGCAUCGAAGGAGACAUAGGCGGAGAAGGCAUACGAACCGCACCAAACAGUUUGUCCGUAGGAGGCGCGAUGGAAGUACAUCUGUCGUAUCAGUAAAGAGGCGGGGUACAGCAGCACGAGCAAAGCUGCUUGCUUGUAUAAUAUCAGGAACCUUUCUCGCCACCGUUCUAGCCGUCUACCUCGCAAUCGCUCUCACCAACCGCAAUCUCGGACAAGAAGUCCACAUCCUCUUCAUCAUGGUUCUUCUCGCCAUCACAAUCUUCUUCUGCCAUUCCCUCAUCCGCCUCUGUAUGCUCAUCCUCAACCCACCACGCGAGGAAGACCGUCCACAUAUCCCCUCCAUGAAUGGCCCGGACGGCUUCAAACCCAUCGUCCCUAUCCGCGUCCACCUCGCCCGCGACGAAGAAUCAGCCAUUGCGGACUCAUCCCUCGACUCCCAGACCGAAAUCCCAGACGUGGAGAAAGACAUCAUCCCUCCACCCCCACCCGCCUACGGCCUCUGGCGCAGCAGUGUCCGCGCCGAUCCAAAUCUGCUACACUGGCAGCGCGCCGACGAUCACCGCGGCUCCGUCAUCUCGAGCAUGCCGCAGACACGGCAUACCUCUGUCGUUGGCGCACCGGGACCACUACCAACGCAUACCCAGCCUGCGACCCAUGGUCCGAGGCCGCCGUCUUAUGUCUCAGAGGACGGCGUGAGCUACGUGGUUGAGGCUGCACCGCGCAGUACGGUGAAUCUUGAGAGUCACUCGGGUGUUAGUGAUAUCCAUCCUGCGUGGCGGCCAGGAUACGCGAUGAGCGAGAUUAGAGGAGAUGAGUGGCCGCGGCUGAGGUAG